CACCCGGUUGACGGAGGCUUCUUGUUGGAGUGUCAGGUGAAGCUGCAUGUCCUCUACUCCACGUCAUUUUCACAACAGCGCCCUGGUUGACCGUUGCUCGCCCAAACAGCUCCUGCACGGUCAGCUCCUUGCCCUGCCGCUUUGUCUUCUGGAGCUCCAGCACCAAGAAUUCAAUGCAGAAGUUCUUCAGGUCUGCCAACCUAAACCUCGUCCACAGUCACCAAGCGAGACGCAACGAAAGCCCGGAAAAGUUUGGCGAUUUUCCAUUGAAAUCCGCCCAGAAACUUUCGUUUUGGAUCUAACUGCUCGGAUUAUCAUUUUCGUUGGACUCUUGGGAGUUCAUGACAACAGAGUUUUUGUGGAAAUUUCACCGCUGUUGAUCAACAGACGAGGAAAAAGGACCCCAAUAUAAAGAUUUCUGCUGGCGUUUGUGGCUGUCUAUGAGCUCUGCAUCAUACCAAACAUUGCAAACAUGGCUUGCAGUGAUUUGUUCGACGUUGGAGUUGUAAACACAGAAAAUCUGCUUGAUGCCUACCAGCAAUAUGAUGCCGUCAGUGAUUUUUUGCACGCUGACCUGCUUAUUGGUUUACAUGCCACCACUCUGUCCCACCCACAACAGUUACUUUCAUUCUCAUUUGAUGUGGACGGGUUGGUGGUGGAGUUCAAUAAGGUGCAGGCGCUGCAAGGUCUGCUUCAUUACCUAUUCCUCCCCAAGUUUAACUCACAGAUACUUAGCCCCCACUAUGUGUACCUAAAAAAGCACAUGGAUCUCAGCAAGUACACGAGCAAUGGCUUGACUGCCCUUAAAAAUUGUGUUGGGUACCAGAUAGCUAACGUAGAUGGUGGCUAUCAUCUAUUAAUGACUGCAGUACCCAGCAGCACCACUGACCCUGACACCAGGCUACUCAAGAAGCAGCUCUACAGCACACAUGCUGUAGAGCUGCUUAACAGUGUGACAGACGACUUUAAACGGUUGCUCCGGGGCCUCUCUGCUAGGGAUAAGAGCAGGCCUACUCUGCAGAAACAGGGGACCAGCAACACGGCAAGGUUCAAUGUGUUGUGGCAGGACCUGCCAUUCAUAAUGAGCCUUUUGGACAAAGCUGUGGAGGAGGCAAACUCCUGCUGUUUUUUGCAAGUGAUGCUGACACUAAACCAGUUUGGCCAAAAAGCCCCCAAUACAUUGGAACUGACAGACAUUGUGGAUGUGACGGAUGUUAAGGCAGUGUCAGUCCACCUUGCCGUGAAGUUUGUGGCAAUUGACUAUGACCAACACAUAUUGUUCUCCCGUUAUGGACUGCAGGACCUGGUAGGAGCCAGGGGGAAACUGUUCUCGGUCCUUGGGAUGCAUGAGGCCACAAACUUCCAGACCAAUCUGGACCACCUGCCCAUAGAUGUAGCCAAGCCUCUUCUGGCAGUGCUCAGCAAACAUGGAAAGCUGAAUUUCCUUCAACUGUAUGUCGACAGCCCACAUUGUCACUUGCAGAUGCCAUUCAAGCAUCCGGUGAGUGGUGCCAUAGUGACAUGUGGGCUGUCGCACCCAAAUUCACAAAUGGCCAUGCUCUCCAGGGCAUCGACGUAUCUGCGCCACAUGACGGACCUUAAAGAAAGGCUGGUGGCACAGCUUGGGUGUCGUAUAGAGCAGGUCCUUAGGUUUCAGGGGGAUGUACCUCUGUGUGUUGACCCCUCAGCCCAUUUUGACCUUGAAGGGCUGCACGCUUUGCUGCGGCAGCGUGCCAUGCUGGUCCCCUUCAAGGACACUACCUCUGGUCAGGGCCUCCUGUCCACCUUGGAUGGCGUUCUGGGUUCACUCAUCGACACCCUCGCCAGUGCCUACAGUUCCAGUGAGGGUGUGGGUAGGUUCGAUGAGUCAUGGAAAGCUUUCCAGUGUGAGCUAGCCCUUGAGGAAAUGUUUUAUGGCCACCCUCUGUCAUCUGAGGACUUUUUUCUAAGUGCAAGCUUGGGGACCAGUACAGUGAUGGACCGUAGCCUCACACACCAGAGGGGUUUCAUUGGCCUGGCACCUCACUCGAGUGCUAGCUCAGAGGAAACUCCUCCCCCACUUCAUCACUGGACCAGGGAUGAACUCCAGAAGCUGCGGAUUGAGCGCCUCUGGCCUCUGUGCCAGACCUUGGAUGCAGGGCCGGCUGUCAUCGGUGUGGCACUAAUUCGUGUGCUUCUCGGGGACCUGUACAGAAGGAAUGCAAACAUCCCAAUGUCACCUUUCAGUUCCGACUCUCCACCUGGCAAGCUGGUAGGUGCUAUGACCCUGGAGAUUCUCACCAACGACCUUGAAACAAAAAACUCCUUUCCUGUCCCCAACACCUUUCACCGUGCUCGCCAGCUGGUGCAGAAGGCAGGAAAGUCUGUUAAGGACUGUCUGUUGCAGGGGUUCAUUGCAGAGAAGCUUCACUUCUUCCCAGCCUUCAAGUUCAGGGACAUUAGGGGUGGAAAGAAGAUCUGGUGGAACUUCAAAGACUUUUUACAUGUCCACCUCGGAGCAGAGAAACCUUUUCCCAUGUCUGAGCUUGCCACCAGGACCCUGCAAGUAUGCACAGAGAUGGAGAGACGGUCUCUGGCAUACUCCCGGUCAUUGGAAAAAUACCGGGACCACGGAAUGCCAUGGAUGGCAAAAACACUUCAGCGGCUGCCUCCCACACUGAAAGGGACCUUCCUUGUGAACGUUCUCACCUUCAUCAGCUCAGUUGGCAUGCUCCAAAAUAAUGAUUAUGUAGAUUUUAACCACCUGAAGGACCUCCUUCAGGCUAUUGGCUUGCAAGGCAUGGCCCAGGACAAACUGCAAAAGCUCCAGAUAUUGGGUAAGUUUACCAUAGAGAAGGUCUAUAGACCCAUCAUCUGGAAGCUGCACCACGACAUUCCGGUCAGGGUCCAGCAGAACACCCCCUGCUUACUAAGCCUCAGACCACCACCCAAGCAGGAAGAGGGAGAGGUCCUACAGCCUGAGGAGGAUGUCCAGGCUGUCGAAGAUCAAGAUGACAUCAGACCUCCUGUCAGGUCUCAGGCAAUGUGCCUGCCUGCCAAUUCCUCCAAACUGUGGACACAGGAUGAGUGUGCUAUGGUCAACUUGGACAAAUGUAAAACAUCAAAGCAGGCAUACACAGCAUAUGUGAAACGCUGCGUGGAACUCAAAGUGCCAUCAAGGACCUUUAAUGCCUUCAGACAAAAAAGGAAGGCACUACAAAAGCAAUAAAUGCACCAUAACACAACGCAUCUCAUGCUCUGCUCUUCCACAAGAUGAUGUUUGGUGUGCCAGCUGAAGGUCAAGAUCCACACGUCCAACCCUGCAAACACCCAGCGUCAUUCAGGGACGCGUGGGCUGAACAGAGUGCAGCGUCUGUUGCAUGUCGAAGGACGAAAAGAGACCGCUCACUUCCUGGGCCAGUCAGUGGCGGGACUUGAAUUUGGCUGCAAUUAGUCCCAUGGCCCCACCAGUGAUGGGACAGCCACCUAGGAGCACCAAAACGGAGACCAUGGUGUGCAAACACUGUGGGAACACAAACUCCAGCCCUUCCCUUCUUACGUGCCACCCCAAUAGCCUUCCGCAGCCGCAAAUGCUCGUCCCCUCUGUCACCACCAGGCCCUCGACCUUGUAGGUAGCCUGGGGAAGCAUUCUCUACGUAACAACAACCAGUGAGAGACAACAGAGAGAGACCGGAGAAAUAAGAAGAAAGCUGGGCAUGAAGGUCUGACCGCGUGGCCCACACAAGCACAUGGUCCUUAAUCACUUGCUGAGCCACCAGGCAAUGAAUUUCAAGAGCAAGAUGAAAUUCCGGCCCGUUCAUCGUCCUUCACAAAUGCUUCUAAACAGACUGUUCCUCCUUCCCCUCCCCAACCAAAUGCCCAACAACGUCCGCUCUGUGGUAAACAAGCAUGCCACAUUUUAUAUACAUACUAUUUCUAAAAAAACAAAAAAAACUGCCAAGAUAAAGGAUGAACCGAUGUUUUAAGUUAUUCAGUGUUCUGCACUUCCAUCUGGGGAUUUAAAAAAAAAAAAAGAAAAGUACAUUUUGUUUUCUUUGAGUCAAUUUCACAUGGUAACUGCAUUGUCCAGACCUGUAUUCGCCUCUGAAGACUGCCCUGUGUUUGGCUCAUAAUUAAACAUGGUUGUAAUAUCGCUUGUCUUGGCUGGGACACCUGCAGCCACCGAGCAAACAGAGUGAAACCAGACCAUCCGAGUUUAUCAUUACGACGGACAUCAUCAAAGAGCUCCAACUGGACUGCGGUCUGAGUUCGAAUGAUGAACCACAUCUGUGAUUUUUAGGGAAGGGAAGGGGGGGGCUUCAGUUUUCAAUGUUUGUUCAUUUUUCGUCUUUUUUGUUUUUUUGUUUGUUUUUUUUUAAAUAAAGUUCAAUUUUUUUAUAA